AUGGACGGCCUUUCGGGCGCAGCAAGCGUCAUCGCGGUAAUCGACAUGUCCGCUAAGAUCGCCUCGCUGUGCUUCCAGUAUUCCAUGGCUGUCAAGGACGCCAAGGGCGAUAUCGAGCGUGUGCAGAGAAAAGUUGGCGAGAUCACCCAUAUCCUGGAGAAGAUCAAGCAGCUCCUCGACAGCCAGGACAAGACGCGUCUCUCUACCACUCAGGGCCUGUUCGACUCGCUCAGGCAAUGUCUUGGGGAGUUAGAAAAACUGAGAGUGAAGCUGAAUCCAGGGAAGACUCGCGGAAUUAUGGCCAGAUUCGACUUACGUGCGCUCAAAUGGCCGUUCACAAGCAAGCAGGUUGACAAGAUUGUUUCAACCUUAGAAGGACACGAGCGGAGCUUUAGCUCGACGCUGCAGAUUGAUCAGACAGUUCUUAUGCUUAGCAUAGACCAGAAGCUUGAUCUAACCAAACUGCCUAUCGCAAUAGGCGCUUCAUUUAAUUCCCACAACGAAGAGCACAACGCACGAUGCUUACCGAACACCCGCACAGCGCUGCUUGACGAGAUCACAACAUGGGCGAACAACAACAACGGCAAAUCUAUAUUCUGGCUAAGCGGCAUGGCGGGUACGGGAAAAUCUACGAUAGCGCGGACGGUCGCUCAGUCAUUCGCUAGCCGAGGGCAGCUCGGUGCAAGCUUCUUUUUCAAGAAAGGCGAGGGCGAGCGCGGCAAUGCUUCACGCUUCUUUACCACAAUCGCCACGGAUCUAGUCGCCUGCGAGCCAAGCAUGCUACCCGGCAUUAGGAAGACGCUCGACGAGGACUUCGCUAUCUCACACAAAGCUCUGAAAGACCAGUUCGAGAAGCUGAUCCUGCAACCACUUUUGGGAAUAAAGCAGCCUCGCUCGCAGGCCUUGGCGCGUGUUGUCGUGAUAGACGCGCUGGACGAAUGUGAACAGGAAGUAGACAUUCGGGCGAUCCUCCAGCUGCUUGCUCGGACAAAAGACAUCCGCCCGGUCCCGCUACGGAUCGUGGUAACUAGCCGACCAGAGCUACAUAUCCGCAUAGGCUUCAAGGAAAUGCCGAACGGCAUAUACCAAGACCUAGUCCUCCACGAAGUACCAAGGAGCACGAUUGAACACGACAUCCGUCUCUUCCUAGAGCAUGAGCUCGGCAUGAUACGAAAAGAGCGCGCGUUGGCCUCGAACUGGCCAGCAAAACAACAGAUCCUUGCGCUAGUUGAGCUGGCUGUGCCGCUAUUCAUCUAUGCUGCUACCGUGUGUCGGUAUGUUGGCAGCAAAGGAAGCAGCCCUACGGCUUUUUUGAAUAAGGUCCUGCAGUAUCAGAAGACGACCUUUUCGCAGCUAGAUCGGACGUACCUCCCUGUGCUCGAUCAGCUGCUUAGUGAGCAGGAGGAAGAUGAGAAAGAGACGUGGCUUCAGGCUUUCCGGGAAAUUGUCGGCAGUGUUGUCGUUCUCGAAAGCCCACUCUCUGCUGUCUCACUUGCCCGCCUGCUUCAAGUUCCACAAGAGGAGAUUAAGUGUCGGCUUGACUAUUUGCACUCUGUUCUUAGUGUUCCUGACUGCGAGGAUGCCCCUACUUUUGUAGACCAAGUACCACAGCGGGUUGAGAUGCUAUCUAUGAAGGAAGCAGACUGGGACGCCUGUCGUAGCACGCUGGAGGGUCAUUCUUCCGGUGUCAGCGCGGUGGCCUUCUCGCCAGAUGGGCAGCUAGUCGCGUCAGCAUCCUUCGACAACACAGUACGGCUGUGGGAGGUGGCGACAGGGACGUGUCGCAGCACCCUAGAGGGCCACUCUAGUUUUAUUGAGGCGGUAGUCUUCUCGCCAGACGGGCAGCUAGUCGCAUCGGCAUCUCGCGACAAGACAGUGCGGCUGUGGGAGGCGGCGACGGGGAUGUGUCGCAGUACGCUGAAGGGCCAUUCCGACUGGGUCGGCGCGGUGGCCUUCUCGCCCGACGGGCAGCUGGUCGCGUCAGCAUCUCGCGACAAGACAGUACGGCUGUGGGAGGCGGCGACGGGGAUGUGUCACACCACGCUGGAGAGCCAUUCCGACUGGGACAGUACGGCUGUGGGAGGCGGCGACAGGAACGUGUCGGAGUACGCUGGAGGGCCAUUCUAG